AUGAUUUUAAUUGCAGUCGGUGAUCUCUUCUAUUUUCCCGUCCAGACACGUGGAGGCUCAACUCAAGGAAAGUCAAUGGACGACAUCAUUGAUGAGGUGGCUUCGGAUGUUCUCGGCCGGCUACCAGACAAUUAUGACACCGAGAUCGCAUUACGCAAAUACCCAACACGCUACGAGCAAAGUAUGAACACUGUAUUGGUGCAGGAGAUGGUCCGCUUCAACAACCUGCUUACAGUUGUCCGUCAGAGCUUGAACAACAUUCGGAAAGCGAUUAAGGGUCUGGUUGUCAUGUCACCCGACCUUGAGGAGGUUGCCGAAUCUAUGAUGGCCUCGAAGAUUCCGAAAAUGUGGAUGGGUAAAUCGUAUCCAUCCCUAAAGCCGCUUGGUUCCUACGUCAACGACUUCCUGACGCGACUUAAAUUUCUACAGGCGAAUACAGCAUUGCAGCAGCAAUUUUGGGCUACGUGGACGCGAAUAGUUAAUCAAGACGCCUUUCACGAUUUCGCUUCAGUGUCAAUCAAGGCUAAGGCCCCCAGAAAGGUUGUCGGGACGAAGCAUGUACAUGAUGCAAUGGACACAUUUCUGGGGCCGUCGGAUCUCGUGAGUAGGUGGGGAGGAAAUUGCGGCCGGAAUAUGCAAUACAGGUGGCUUGGGUUUGCCAUGGUCAUGCACACAUUUUUCCAGAACCUAAUAGCUAAUCUCACAAUUUCAGGUGAUGUUAUUUGA